AUGGGCGAACGAAGCAAUCAUCCAUCGUGUUGCAAAUGUAGCGUGUCAUCAAUUGCAAUUUGUGUUACUUGCAAGAAUCAUUUCUGUUGGAAUCAUUUCGAACAACAUCGUGAAGCAUUUAUCAGAUAUCUUGAUGAUGUGAAUCAACCAUUGUCAGCAUGUCUCAAUGAAUUUGAACAUAUAGAAACGAAAUUGUACGCUGAAAUUGAUAAAUGGGCGGUGGAAACAGUUGCUGAAGUACAUAAAUCGGCUGAUCGAGCUCGACGUUCAUUAGAUGCUUAUAUAAACAGCUAUCGGGCAUGUUUUAAUGACGAAGCACCAAAUCUUCGUGGAAUAUCAACAGCAAAUCGCGAUCAUCUCAUUAGUCGCUUGGAAAAAUUACAAAAAGAAUACGAAUGUUCAUUGAAAGAUUUACGUUUAGUUAAGUUAUACGAUCGAGGACAAAUGCUAGAUGUGGAAACAGUAAAUACAACAAGAGAACAAGUCACUGUUCGAGGUUCGUCCCAAAUCUCUCCUCAAGAAGCUGAUAUUUAUGUCGCACAAACCGCACUUGGAGAACGCCUCAUACGAGAACCGGCAGCUCGAACGUCAGUUGGAAGUUAUUGGGCUAUGGGCGGUUCGAAUGAGCAUCUGCUCAUGCAAGAAUAUGAAAAUAAUCUAUUAACACUAUUUGAUCGUCAUGGAACGCGAGGCGCAUCGAUGACAUGGCACUAUGAUUUAGCUAUUCGGGAUAUUAUUUGGUAUGAAGAAUCGAAACAGUUCUUUCUGCUUCUGGAUAAGAAAUUGAUUCUUUUUGAUCCAGUUACCAAACAUUUCCAAGAUAUUGCGCAGGUUAAACCUUAUCAAUCCAAUGCAUUUCGACGAUGUGAUUGUCGUCAUGAUCGACUGUUCAUUGCCUAUUGGGGACAAGAGAGUUUAGUGGAGUUGAUUCGCAUGGGUACUUGGGAAACCGAACAACGUUGGUUGAGUCCGGUGACUUGUCAUGUCAAUGAGGCAAUCACCUGUAUUCGAUUGAAUUCCAACGAUCAGAUUGGUUUGUGCAUUCAAGACGAAAACAAUCCAUUGAAUCGAAAAUUUCGUUUCGAAAUUCGUGACGUUGCGUUAAACAUUUUACAUAGAUUACCACUUCACGUCGAUUCAGGUAUUUUCUCGCGAAUGGUUGCACUACCAGAUCUUCACUGGGCUUUAUUAAAUGUCGAUGAGACUUUUGUCUUUGUCGUUGAUCAACACGGUGCUUUGAUUGACAAAAUUGACUGGCCGCGUGGACGAAUGUCCAACAUCGCUCUAAUUAGUGAUAAUACGAUUACUAUUCGUACAGACGAUAAAGUUUAUUUUUAUGACGUUAAUUUUCAUGCUUAA